AUGUCCACUACAAAGUCUGCCUCUCCCGGCCUGCCGAAGGGAGAAAAAGAACAGCAAGAAGCAAUUGAACACAUUGACGAAGUACAAAAUGAAAUAGACAGACUUAAUGAACAAGCAAGUGAGGAAAUACUAAAAGUAGAACAAAAAUAUAAUAAACUCCGCCAACCGUUUUUUCAGAAGAGGUCAGAAUUGAUCGCUAAAAUCCCAAAUUUUUGGGUAACCACAUUUGUCAACCAUCCACAAGUGUCUGCACUGCUUGGGGAGGAAGACGAAGAGGCUCUGCAUUAUUUAACCAGAGUUGAAGUAACAGAAUUUGAAGACAUUAAAUCAGGUUACAGAAUAGAUUUUUAUUUUGAUGAAAAUCCCUACUUCGAAAAUAAAGUUCUCUCCAAAGAAUUUCAUCUGAAUGAGAGUGGUGACCCAUCCUCAAAGUCCACUGAAAUCAAAUGGAAAUCUGGAAAGGAUUUGACAAAACGCUCGAGUCAAACACAGAAUAAGGCCAGCAGGAAGAGACAACACGAUGAGCCAGAGAGCUUCUUUACCUGGUUUACUGACCACUCUGAUGCAGGUGCAGAUGAGUUAGGAGAAGUCAUCAAAGAUGACAUUUGGCCAAACCCCUUGCAGUACUAUUUAGUUCCUGAUAUGGACGAUGAAGAGGGAGAGGCAGAAGAUGAUGACGAUGAUGAUGAAGAAGAAGAAGGCUUGGAAGAUAUUGAUGAAGAAGGAGAUGAAGGUGAAGAAGAUGAAGAUGAAGAUGAUGAUGAAGGGGAAGAAGGAGAGGAGGAUGAAGGCGAGGAUGACUAGCAGAGAAGACUGAUGGAUUCCGACUCUCUUUUUUAUUUUCUUUUUAUUAAAUUUCUCCAGUCC